AUGGCCAAUGAAGAGAGGUCCACAGCCCAGUCAGGCAUCGGCACGCCCCCUCCCAUUGGAAACGACAACGCCGCUACGGAUCAUGUCACCAAGAACCCCUCUCUAAUGGAGGCUAACGAGGCCAAUGAUAAAGGCAACCUUCUACCUACCCCCGAAGAACAGAUCGAGGCUCUUGGUAUCGCCAACUGGCGUGAUCUCGAAAAGCAGGUCGUCAAGCGUCUUGACAUGACUCUCAUGCCAUGCUUAUGGGUACUCUAUCUAUUCAACUAUCUAGACCGAGCUUCUAUUGCACAAGCUCGCCUUAGUAGCCUGGAUGAAGAUCUCAAUCUUGAAGGCUACCAGUACGGGACUGCAGUAUCGAUUCUCAGUGUCGGUGUCUCGGCAGCAACCUGUGGUGUCAAGAAUUACCAGGGCCUCAUUGCCGUCAGAUUCUUCCUCGGCGUGGUCGAAGCACCUCUGUUCCCAGGUGCUAUCUACGUCAUGUCUUGCUGGUACACUCGCAAGGAAAUGGCGUUGCGCUGCGCACUAUUGUACACUGGCCAAACACUUGCUUUCUGCACCGCUGGUCUCAUUGCAGCAGCCGUAUUUGGAACCUUGGAAGGCAAGUAUGGCUUGGCAGGCUGGCAAUGGCUGUUCAUCGUUUUGGCGUCAACUGGUGCAGGCCUUGCCAUGAUUGCUCUCUUCAUUCUCCCAGAUUACCCCGAUUCCAAUACUGGUAGCGCCCGCUGGUCUAUGACGGAGGACAUGCGCAAAUUGGCUGCUGCUCGCAUCCUUGCCGAUCGUGUGUCAACUUCGGAAGCCACAGCUGGCGUUUGGGCUGGCCUGAAGAUGAGCAUUUUCGACUACAAAAUGUGGCUGCUUGUCGGCAUGAACAUCGGAAUCUCAGCUGCAUAUGGUUUCUCAAACUUCUUCCCAUCCAUCGUACGGGGAUUUGGCUACAACAACACAAUUACUCUCGUUCUUACUGCUCCGCCUUAUAUCUUUGCGGCUCUUGGUUCUCUCGUGAACGCAUGGCACUCUGAUCGGCAGAAGGAGCGCGGGUACCACUUCGCCGGCCCGAUAGCUUUUGGUUGUAUCGGCUACAUCAUAUGCCUGGCUACUGAGAGCAAGACAGCACGAUACGCUGCUUCUUUUGUGUAUGUUGGGGGAAUGUACUUUGCAAACCCCCUCAUAUCAACAUGGACAUCCAACACCAUGGGUAGGACGCCAGAGAAGCGAGCCAUCUCCGUCGCACUAGUCAACGUGCUUGGUCAGAUUGGUAACCUGAUCGCUCCCUACUUCUUCGUUGACUCGGAUGAGCCGCGCUACCGGCUUGCCUUCAUCAUGAUGAUGGUUAUGGGCCUGAUUGCGUGUACGAGUGCCAUGGGCCUGAAGUUCUACCUUUACAAAGCGAAUCAGAGAUUGUACCGGGAGGCUGUUCGCAACGGAAGCGUGUAUAAUCCUUACGUUAUGUAA